GGCGCCGUCUGACUUAGCUCAGCAAUCGAACCCAACUUGGCUCUACUGUCGAAUACAAUUCUGUGCGAUAGAGUUCAUUCGUCGUAACUUCUUGCACACUCCCAAUCGAUGGAGAUUAUAUUCCCUAGAUGUCUGACCCAGUAAAAUAACCUUCGGUGUCAGCCGUUAGCUGCGUAUCGAGGAUCGUUUAUCCGAACUUCACCUUCGUGUUCAGUAUCGUGUAAAUUAAAAGUCAUAGUGUGUUACAAGAACAAAUUAUGUGCCUUGUCGAGUGAGUGCUCUCUCUGAAACAUCACUGAGCCUCAGAGCAAAAGAACCAUCACCAUGGCUUUAAAUCCUCGUGACAUGGAUGGCUUUAUGCCACUCCUCUCUACCAGUGAUAUCAAGAAGAAACUGACCGUUGGAAAUCUACUGUUAAACUACCUUGGAGAUUCCACCAAGAGCAUCGAGUGUCAAGACAUAGGUCUCUUCAUUGACAACCUCAUACCAUGGCUGAGCAAUGGAAAUCCCAGAGUUGUACAAAAUGGUCUCGAUGCCCUCACAUACCUUGCUGACAGGAUGGAACAUGAUUUCAGGCCUUAUGUUUCUACAGUCAUUCAGCCUGUUAUUGACAGACUCGGUGACAGCAAAGAUGCUACUAGGGAAAAGGCUGCUAUGGUUUUAUUGAAAAUCAUGGAAAAAGGGAGUAUGACACCUCAACAAUUAUUGGACAGGUUGCAGCCAGCCUUUACGCACAAGAAUGCCAAACUAAGAGAAGAGGCACUUAUACUUCUUACGACAACAUUGAACGAACACGGCGCCGGCGAGAUGGCGCUUUCGGGCAUUACUCCAAUUAUUGUCAAAUUACUGUCAGACCCUACGGAGAAGGUACGAGAAACAGCCCUAAACACCCUGGCAGAUAUUUAUAGACACGUGGGCGACAGACUAAGGGUAGAUCUACAGAAGAAACACAACGUGCCACAUGCAAAACGCCAGCUACUCUUCGAAAGAUUCGACCAACUGAAGGCUGCUGGUGACCUACUGCCCUUGGCAAUGUCAUCGGACGUUGGAAGAGACACUGAUGAACCUGACAGAGCAAUCAAAUCUGCUCCAGUAAAAAGGUCUACAAGUGUACCUCAGAAGAGAGGGCAAUUUGGUCCUGCGAAGCAAACUGUUUCAACGCCAGUGCCCUCGAAGAGUCAAGGGGUCCAAAGGACAAACUCAAGAAUCGAAAGACUGUACUCUCUGGGAUCACUGUCAGGUCAAGCAGGCGCCGUCGACGAGGAGACAUUCCUGACGGCCUUUGAGGAUGUACCACCGAUAAAGCUGUUCUCUGCGAAGGACCUAGAGGAACAGAUGAAGGCGAUAAGGGAUACAGUGGGCGACGACAAGAAAGACUGGAAACAAAGAACAGAUAGUAUGAAGAAACUACGUGGUAUUAUUAUAGCUGGUGGUAUGAACUACGACAAUUUCGCAGAGUGUCUCAAGAGUACCCAAAGACCAUUCGAACAGGCAUGCAUGGAUCUCAGAUCUCAGGUCGUACGAGAAGCCUGCAUCACCCUGGCGUUUCUGAGCCAACAACUCAAAAAUAAAUUCGCAAGCUUUGGCGAAGGCGUACUGAUGAGUCUAAUGAAUCUUAUACAAAACAGUGCAAAGGUUGUUGCAACAGCCGGCGCUGUCGCCGUGCGAUUCAUACUCCAGAAUACUCAUAGCAGUCGCUACAUACCUAUAAUUACGUCCACCAUGAACAGCAAGAGCAAGGACAUACGUCGUGCAACCUGCGAGUAUCUUCACCUGAUACUACAGUGCUGGCCAACGCAGGUUCUGCAAAAGCACGUUACCAUUCUGCAGGACGCCAUUAAGAAAGGCGUCGCCGAUUCGGAUGCCGACGCUCGGGCACAUGCCAGGAAAUCCUACUGGGCGUUCAAGGAUCACUUUCCAGAACAGGCAGAAAGUCUGCUGAACAGCUUGGACACUACGUAUAAGAGGUCCUUGAUGUCCCUCAGUAACAGCGGGAGUAUGAACAGUUUAAACGCUCUGACGAGGACUACGAAUAUCAGUCCACGCGCUUCGAGGCCGGCGCUCAGUGCAACUGGUAGCACCGAAAACUUGCAUCAUCCGCAGGGUCAGCCACCUCAUGGUCCUCUUAGGAGGACGCCGUCUCUGCCCCGUUCAUAUAGGCAGUCCGGUAUUCCGAUACUCCAGAGACCCACUGACAAUCACUGUCAAAUUACACCUGGAGUCAGAUCCACCAGUGCCAUUGAGCUGCAGGCUGCACAGAGGGCAAAAGCGAGGGUGGCGUAUGCCAACAUGAACAGACAAAAGGCUGCGAUACACAAUGAUCAUGGCAGCCAUCAAAGUAAACAAGCACGAUCAAACAAAUCUCCAGAUCCCACUUGCGCAACGACCAGUUGCGAAAGGUCAGCGCGGACGAGGUCCAGGGCACUAGGUGUAUCACAGUCGCAACCCAGUAGUAGGUCGUGCUCACCCGCCUCCCGCCUGAGUUACGCUACGUAUAACCGCGAGGGUGAAUCUCUAGUAGCACGACCCAGGAGAGUCCUGGGACACGGCAUCAAGAGUACCGGAAAUAGCCGAGAGCCAAGUCCCCAAAGAUUUGGCGUCGAUCGCAGUUUCGGUAGUAAAAUCCGAGGCAGGAAUCUCCACAUGUCACCCACGGACAGAACGUCCUCCUCCAGACCGGCUGUGAUGGCUCAGAAGAUGCUGCAGCAGUCGCGCGAGGCUGAAUCCGCCCUGGCUGACGCACUGACCUUUGACAUGGAUCCCUACACGAGGACUCCACGGGGCAAAGGCGAUCAUAGCGACGACAGCGAGACCAGCAGUAUAUGUUCAGAACGCAGUAUGGACAGUAUUCGUCGGCCAAGCGAUUCGUUCUCGUGGAGUGGCUCACAGCAGAGACUGUAUCGUGAUCUGUGGGAUCAAUCCAUCCCUAAGGACAUCAAGGAAAUUAUAGAGAAUUGUGGACGUAAGCACUGGGUCGACCGUAAGGAGGGUCUAGUUGGUCUACAUCACUUUCUCUCCAAUGGUAACACACUGUCAGCUACGGAGCUGAGGAAAGUCACGGAUAUCUUCUCGAAGAUGUUCACGGAUUCUCACACCAAGGCAUUCAGUCUCUUUCUGGACACUUUGAUAGAAUUGAUAGCGACCCAUAGUGAGGAUCUUGGUGAUUGGCUCUACGUGCUCUGUGCAAGGCUCUUGAACAAGCUUGGGACUGAUCUGCUUGGUUCGAUACAAACAAAAAUUCAUAAAUGUUUGGAUGUCAUCAGGGAACACUUUUCUGGUGAACAACUCUUACCGGCUGUCAUGCGUUUUCUUACGGAUCCUACCCAGACGCCAAAUACCCGUGUUAAAGUUGCCACCCUGAAUUUUCUAACUCAAAUAGCAGAGACUGCGGAACCAUCCGCUUUGAAUAGCUCAGCGGGCUCAGCCCUCGCUAGGUUAUUAGACUGGACUAAUGAUGUCAAGAGUCAAGAUGUACGAAGACACGCUGAAGCCGCCGUUAUGGCAUUGUACAAUCUCAACACUCCCCAGGUUACCCUAAUCCUGACUGAACUGCCAAAAUAUUACCAGGAAGCUGCGUUGCCCCUGGUACAAAGUCAUUUAAGACGUUCAUCCGGACCCAGUAAUCCAGCAUCUCCAGGAACACCACCUCCUAAAGUGCCACACUCCCCGGCUAGGACGAGAAUGAGAACGGAAAUUGACGCAACCGAUGACAACCUGAACGUGGAAGAGGUGUACAAAUCCCUAAGACGCACAACAGCAGAGAUACAAAAUUAUGGUUUCGAGAGAUUAGAACGUCCCACUACCAGUACUGAUAGUGGCAUCAGUAACAUGGCUGACGUUGAGGAGAGACUAGAUGCCAUGACCUCGGUAAGUAAAUCCCAGUGGAACGUCAUCACCAGGAACUCUAAUGGCAUGACCAUCGCGCAGGGACGUUCCUCGUCCGUUUGUUCGCCCACACAGCGAGGCACGACCGUGGCGAAUCUAUCAGUGAACGGAUCGAGCGGUACCAUCGCCGGCGACUUAAUUCUUCCCCAAGAGAAUAACGGUUAUAAGAACUAUAACAUGUCACUCGAGUCCUCCCAGGAUCCUGAUGAUAUUGAUCACUUCCUCAAGACGCUACAAUCCGAAUCUGCUAGCAACAAGGAGAAAGUUGCCGUACUUCGUAAGCUUCAACAACACCUGGUGAAGGAUCCUGAUCCUACAUAUAUCAAACAGAAUUUCAAAAUACUUUUGAAAACCCUCCUGGAGUGUCUCUCUAAUGACGACAUGGACAUACAAAUAGAAGUCUUAAACGCCCUGACGGAGAUGUUAAAAGUGAAGGAGCUCUCCGAGUGCUUUUGCAAUUAUCCUCAGCUUAUAGUCCUGAAGGUCCUGAACGCUCAUCGGUUCGACGAUCAGAAGGUCGACGCUGCCAACGCCGAAGGAGAAGGACGAGUGGUAGCAAAGCAAUGGGAGGUGUUGCGCGUAGCAGAAAAGUGUGCGGCUGCGAUAGUAUCGGUCCUGCCGCCAGAAAACGUUAUAUCUCUGGCGUCCAUUGUGAUAAUGACCGAACAUUAUCCAAAGAAUAUGGGAGCGAUUAAAAUGCUGCACAAACUCGUAGAGCUUUGGGGACGCCCAGCAAUAGAGCCCCAUCUUGCAGACGUAAUGCAGGGCCUUAUAAAGGCCUACAACGACAACGAAACUCUGGUACGAAAAAGCGCAGUGUUCUGCAUGGUGGCCAUACAUGCAGCCGUCGGAGAGGAAGUCCUUAAGCCCCACCUGAAGUCUUUGCACGGCAGUAAAUUGAGACUAUUGAACAUAUACAUACAACGUGCACAACAGCAACAAUAGUCAAACAGUCAGCCGGCUAGUCCACGAAGUAACAGCAAGAACUAACGAAUACCCGAGUAAUAAUUGAAUAGUAAAUAAUGAGUGAGGAUGAAAAACUAAAGAAACAAUGGAUGAAAUUACUGAAAGAAUCCACUCUCGAAUACAUAUAUUUGUUCGUUCCUUCGUGUACGUAUCUAUUUGUUAAUUAAUAAUUUACCAUCCUCCCUACACCCCCUCUUUCACUUUCUCUUUCUCUCUCUGCACUAUAUCUUUAGCCCUCCCCUCGCCCCUCCUCAAUUAAAUCCCUUCGUUACAUUUAUACAUUUAUCAAUAUGAGUUAUAUGAAUAAGACGAAUACAUGUUUGUUGUGUGACUCCCACUGAAGAAAGAAAGGGUGUGUGCGAUCUCGCGGGCGGGAAAUUCUUUGUCGUUAAGAAAAAAAAAAAAAAAUAGAAAGAAAGAGAGAAAUGAAAAUAGGCAGUUAAAGAGAAAGACGCUC